AUGCAGGCACCUGGUGGUGCAGGACUUCUGCGUGACUCCCGCGGAUCCCUCGAAGUCUUCAAUCCAGACGCCCCUGUUUCCUCCGCUUCAAAUCGGGCCACCACCUCCCCAUUCCUCCUCCCUCCUGCAGUUGCUUCCCAUCCCAGCCUCGCCGGGGAUGAUGAGGUGCACGAGGAGGAGAAGGAUGCCGACGUGGGUCAGGCGACGCAGAGGGCCGCCGAGUGGGGCCUCGUCCUCCAGACCGACGAGCGCACCGGCCGCCCCCAGGGUGUCGUUGCCCGCCCCUCCGGCUCCAACCGCACCAACGAGAGUGGAAACUCCAUCGACGAGAGGGCCGCCGCUGGUAGAGCGCUCCCCCGAGUGUCGGAGGAGCUUCGCGCCGCACUCUCUGCGUUCCAGCAGACCUUCGUCGUGUCCGAUGCCACCCGCCCUGACCAUCCCAUCCUCUACACCAGUGCUGGAUUCUUCAACAUGACUGGUUACUCCUCUAAUGAGGUCGUCGGAAGGAACUGCCGCUUCCUUCAAGGUUCUAGGACCGACCCCGUAGAGAUUUCGAAGAUCAGGCAGGCUCUCACAGCUGGGUCAAAUUACUGUGGUCGUAUUCUCAACUACAGGAAGGAUGGUACACCAUUCUGGAACCUCCUAACUGUUGCCCCCAUCAAGGAUGAGGAUGGCAGGGUCCUCAAGUUCAUUGGGAUGCAAGUGGAAGUGAGUAAGUACACAGAAGGUAGCAAGGAUACAGCUCUUCGCCCAAAUGGAUUGCCAGAGUCACUCAUCAAAUAUGAUGCAAGACAGAAGGAUCAUGCCCGUAGCUCAGUCUCGGAGCUUCUACUUGCCCUGAAGGAUCCACGGUCAUUGUCAGAAUCAAGAAACAAUACCAUAAAAAGGAAAUCACAGGGAUCAGGAGAUGUGCUUUCAGGUGAAGUUCCUGGCAAGAGAAGCUCCGAAAGUGGAUCCCGCCGUAACUCACGGAGUGGAAUGAGAAACUCUCUACAAAAAAUUAGUGAAGUGCCUGAAGGAGGGAAUAAGACCAGGAAAUCUGGGUUGCGCUCCUUUAUGGGGUUUCUUCAAGGACCUGAAACUGACCGUGGGACAGUAAAGAAGAUAAGAGAUGCCAUAGAUAACCAAAUAGAAGGUGAUGUUCAAUACUUCAUUGGGGUUCAGUUGGAUGGAACUGAGCGCGUUCGAGAUGCUGCUACAAAAGAUGGUGCCAUGCUGGUUAAGAAAACUGCAGACAAUAUUGAUGAGGCUGCAAAGGAACUCCCGGAUGCUAAUUUGAGACCAGAGGAUAUAUGGGCUAAUCACUCAAAAUCAGUCUUGCCAAAGCCACAUAUGAAGGAUACCACAUCAUGGAGAGCCAUCCAAAAGGUUCUUGAGAAUGGUGAAAACAUUGAUCUGAAACAUUUUAGACCAGUAAGACCCUUAGGAUCUGGUGACACUGGCAGUGUCCACUUGGUGGAGUUGCUUGGCAUAGGUGAAUACUUUGCCAUGAAAGCUAUGGAUAAAAGUGUCAUGCUUAGCCGGAAUAAGGUCCAUAGAGCUACCGCUGAACGACAAAUCUUGGAUAUGUUGGACCACCCAUUCCUUCCGACAUUGUAUGCAUCAUUUCAGCCAAAGACACAUGUAUGUCUUAUUACCGACUAUUAUGCUGGCGGGGAACUCUUUAUGCUCCUCGAUAGGCAACCUAUGAAGGUUCUAAAGGAAGAUGCGGUUAGGUUCUAUGCUGCAGAAGUGGUCACGACACUUGAAUACCUACAUUGCCAAGGUAUAAUCUACAGAGACUUAAAGCCAGAUAACAUUUUACUUGAGAGAGAUGGGCACAUUUCCUUGAUAGACUUUGAUCUGUCUUGCUUGACAUCCUGCAGACCACAAGUGUUUCUUCCAGAAGAUGGUAAGAAGAAAAGGAGGAGGAAGAGAAGGAGCAAUCCCAUAUUCUUUGCUGAGCCAAUGCGAGCAUCAAAUUCUUUUGUUGGUACAGAGGAGUACAUUGCACCAAGGGAAAACAAGACAAGGACCUUUGCUAAUAUUCUGCACAAGGAUAUCAGAUUUUCUGCGAGCAUACAGGUGAGCCUUGUGGCAAGACAGUUGAUAUACCGGUUGCUACACCGGGACCCUACAAAUAGGCUAGGUUCCUAUGAGGGCACUAUGGAGAUCAAACAACACCCCUUCUUCUGUGGCAUAAACUGGGCUCUAGUUCGUGCCGCCACACCCCCAGAGUUAGAGGCUCCCCUACAAGAUACAUUCGAGGCUGCAGGAGAGACAUUGCCUCCUCCUGAUGCAGCUCACACCGAUAUGUUCUGA